UAGGUUUUUUCUGAUUUCUUGCUUUGUUUUUGAACUUGUGUUUUGUAAUGAAUUUAAAUCCUAUUAACCAAGAAUGUAGAGUACUUGUAUUAAAUGUUUCGGCAAAAAACUAUUCUAUUAUUAGCGGUAUUGUUACUAAUUAUCUUUUUUAUAACAACUAAUUAUCUUCUUGUUACUUUACCUACAGAAAGUGAGGUUAAAAUAAGUUUAUCUGUAGAAGAUUUGAUAUAUAAAGAGCUCCAAAAUUUACCAGUCUCUUAUAAAUACCAAUCCAAAAGUAAUGAAGAAAACUUAAGUAUAUAUUCCAAUUUCAAAAGUAUUACAAAACAAGGUGAAGACAAAAUAGAAAGGUUAUGGCAAAUAGCCAAUUCUUGGGUAAACAAUACACAACUAUUAGACAUUAACAGUCCUUAUGUAGGAGAUAUUUUGUUGGCCUUACAACAUACUAAAAUUAUCCAAGCCGAUAUUGAUCCCAGAGGAACCCAACUUAAAUUAUUGCUUACAUUACAGGGAAACCAACAAGUCAUAUUUAAACCAAAAUGGUAUGACAGAACAAAAAUUGUUGAGGGACCUGUUUAUGCAGGAAAGGAUAGAUAUAACUCUGAAAUCAUAGCUUUUUAUCUCUCAGUUAUUUUAAACCAUCCAUUAUGUCCAAUAAGUGUAGAAAGAAUAAUAUCGUUAAAGGAGGAUAUUUUGCCUGUAGCAACCAAGAGAUUACAUGACACUACUAUAAUUAAAAAUAAUAAAACUUGUAUAUAUGGGAAAUGUUUCUAUUGUAGCAUUAAUGAUCCCAUAUGUGAUGAUGAAAACUCGUCUCUAUUAGGGGCUGUGAUAUUUAAUUUUAAGGCUAGUUUACUAAACCACAGGUCACCAUGGCAGCGGACAUAUAAAAAAGGCAAAAAUGCUGUAUGGCAAGAGUUUCCUGAGAGUUAUUGCAAAAUUGUUGAACAUAAGAUAUCUAGAAAACGUUUAUAUGACUUAAUAGAUAUUUCUCUAUUUGAUUUUAUUAUUCAAAAUGGAGAUAGGCAUCACUAUGAAACUCUCGACAAUACUGUGUUAUGGUUAGAUAAUGGAAAAGGGUUGGGAAAUCCUUUUAAACACCAUAUUGAUAUUUUGGCGCCUCUAUAUCAAUGUUGCAUAAUGAGAAAAUCAACAAUGAAAAAUCUAAUGAAUUUGACGGGAGGAAGGCUUACAGAGAAAUUACAAAAAAUGCCCAACAUUAAAAACUUAAUAACAACCGAUCACCUUCAAGCAAUGGAAGACAGACUUCUGAUCAUUUUUGCAACUAUUGAAUAUUGUAAAAAGUAUAAAAAAUCGCAGGCUUAACUUUAAAAAUUGUUUCCGGUUAUUUAAUAACAGAACGUUCAUUAAUUUAUCAUUUGCUUCUUCUUUGAGUGCCGUUUCCCGAUCGGAUGUUGGAUAUCGUCAUCACUAUCUUUACUCUAUAUACUGCUGCUCUGAAGAGUUUUAUGGAACAGCAUUUAAACCAGUCCCUUAAAUUUUUCAGCCAUGACUCUCUCCUUCCGUCUCUUAUCAUUCUCUGUAUUAUCAGCCCUAACCUUUCAUAUCGCUGUCCUCUCAUUAAUUGUUCCAGACAUUACAACUUUCAUAGUGUUUAUUUUUUCAUAAUAUGUUUUGCCCAUUUCUCUCGAUACUUCUGUGUUCAUGCUCAUGCUAUUCUAAGCAUCCUUCUGUAACACCACAUUUCAGGUGACUGCAGCUUAUUUAUCUUGCUUCAAUGUCCAGCUUUCAAGUCCAUUUUGCAGUAUCGACACAUAGCAUCUCAGAUCUCUGACUCUUAGUUCUAAUCUAAGGUCUUUAUUGCAGAUAAUUGUUUUCAUUUUUACAAACACAUUUCUUGCUAUUUCUAUCCCAGGUAUUUGUACGUGUCAACCCUUUCUUUCUGUACAUUUCCUAAAUGUAUUCUUAUUUGUAUAUUUCUUUUCUUAGUUAUCAUAUAAACUGCUCGUCAAAAGUUAGGGAUAUAGAAAAUUCUGCUGAAUUUUUAUAGUAGAUUUUUUCUUGAACAGAUUAACGGAUUCCGCUAAUUUUUUUUUAUUAUUUUAGACUUUUCUUUAGUACUUACACAAUUAUGCAAAGGUUUACUCAAACUUUUUUUGGGACUUAUACCGGGUGGAAGAAAAGAAAUGUUUUUCUUAUGUUAAGUUUGAGACGCCCUGUAGGGAGGACGAGGUACAAAUGGGAGUAUAUAUCGAAAUCGUAUUGUAGUCUUAUGUUUUGUGAACAUUUUGUUUUUUGAAUCUCCCUGAUAUCUUUAGAAAUAAAAAAUAGACGGUUUUGUAAUUUAACAUGUGUUUUAACCGAAACAAAAGUUUGAGACACCUUGUAGGGAGAAAAAGGCGAGUAUACCUCGAUAUUUUGUUGUAGUCUCAUAUUUUGUGAAUAUUUUAUUUUUUCAAUUUCUCUGAUAUCUUUAAUAACAAAGAAACUAGACGAUAUUACUCUUUAAUAUGUGUUUUAACUGACGACAUGCGUCACAUCACACAUGUGAAACAUAGAAAAACAUAUUAAAGAGUAAUACCGUCUAGUUUCUUUGUUAUUAAAGAUAUAAGAAAAAUUAAAAAAAUAAAAUAUUCAAUAAAUAUGAGACUACAACAUAAUAUCAGGGUAUACUCACCUUUGUGGCUUUUUCUCCCUACAAGGUGUCUCAAACUUUUGUUUCGGUUAAAACACAUGUUAAAUUACAAAACCGUCUAUUUUUUUGUUUCUAAAGAUAUCAGGGACAUUCAAACAGCAGCAUGUUCACAAAAUAUAAGACUACGAUAUUAUUCUGAUGUAUACUCACAUUUGUACCUCGUUCUCCCUACAGGGUGUCUCAAACUUAACACAAGAAAAACAUAUUUUUUUCUUCCACCCGGUAUAAGUACAAAAAAUAAGUUUGAGUAAACCUUUGCAUAACUGUGUAAAUACUAAAGAAAUGGCUAAAAUAAAAAAAAUAGCAGAAUCCGUCAGUUCGCGAAAAAAUCAACUAUGAAAAUCAGCAUAAUUUUCUAUAUCCCUAACUUUUGACGAGCAGUUUAUUUAGUCAUUUUUAUUUUCAUUUUUAGUCCCUAUUUUUCACAGAAACUGUUUGGUUUAGUAGUAGUCGGAGUUGUUCAGCCGAGCUUGCCAUAAUCACGGUAUCAUCUGUAUAUCUUAUAUUAAUAAUUCUUCUGUUAAUUAUUGUUCCUUCACUUUCAGAUACUAAUGUUUCUUCAACAAUGAAUUCACUAUAUUGAAUAUUAAUGGAAACAUAAUACAUACCUGCCUAACUUCUCUCCUGAUUUCAGUUUCUGGACUGGGUUCGUUAUACACUGCGCGUCAUAGAAAACGGGCACCCUAAAAUGGGUCAUUUUUGACGUCGCGUAUCUCCUAAACCUGUUGUCCCAUUUAAGUGAUUUUUUGAAUAUGUUAUAGCCUUAUGCUUUGUCAAUAUCCCUGUAAUGAUAUAUUUGCUGAACAGGUAAAUUUUCAUUGUAUACCGGGUGUACGAAUCAAACUGUGUUUUUUCUCAAAGUUCGCAACACCCUGUGGAAUAUUCUAGCAUUUAUAAAAUACUGAAAUUAAAUACCAACUAUAGCGUCAGGUUUUCUUAAUAUUCUGUUUUUUGAUUAAUUCUCUUAUGUUGGCUAAUACAAAAGUUAUGUACUUUAAGGCUAUGGGUACAUAAUUCGCAAAUAUUUUACGUGUAUCCCUACUUUUUCUGUCUUUAUACGGCAAAUUACGUGUAGUAAAAUUCACAAUGGUGUGGAUAUGUAAAUAUUACUAGAAUGUCAUUCUACUUGAAAAUGUCAUGAUUAAUUUAAAGAGAUGGCUUUUGAAUGUUCUUGGAUAACUGUUAUUUUUAUAAUUGCAAAUUAUUAAUUCAGUUAAUAAAUGUGAUAAUUUUUUCACUAACUAUGUUUUCAGUGAUUGUAAUAAUUUAUUUGUACAACAAAAACUAAUAAUCAAUCGACAAAAGAGGAAAAGUGUUAAAAAGUGAUUUUUUAAUAAUAUGUUGUUAUUUUGGAACGCUUACAAUUUUGAACAUCUCUAACAACAAAAUACUUGGAUCACAGGAUAUAUCUGAUGUAUUCUCUGCUUGGAUCUUCCACAAAUAAUACACAAUAAAUAACUUUUUAUUAAGUUCACGUCUUAAAUCAAUUAUUUAUCAAAUACACUAUAUAUCAAUAAUAUUUAAUCAAUUUCUCAAAAUAUUCCCGAUGCAAUGUCAAAUAUUUAAAAUUGUCACUGAUUGUCAGUGUCUGACUGACAAUAUAUGCUGACAAUAUUAUAUUCGGUUGAGUGAGUUGUAAGACAAAGACAGAUUUGGAAAAUAUUAUCACGGCAUUGUGUUCAUUUUUUUCAAAUCCUGAAAAAACCAAUAAAUAUUUUUGAAAAAUUUAAACGCAGAAUGAAAGACUAAAUUAUUACCGAGGGCCGAAAGUCCCUUAGAAUAAAUAAAAAGUUUAUUUUGAAUGAGAUAUUUGAAAUUAAAAAUCACACUAAAUUUUCUCUUAGUUUUUUCACCCCUGUAACUUAUUAAAAUAAACAUAGAAGUUCUCAGGGACUUUCGGCCCUCGCUAAUAACGUAAUCUUUCAUUCUGCGUUUAAAUUUUUCAAAAAUAUUUAUUAGUUUUCUCAGGAUUCGAAAAAAAUUAAUCCCCAUUUGAAUAGCAUUGCAGCCGAAAAUACGUACCGAUCCUCUUAACAACUAGUCAUGUUCUUCAUCAGUAUGUUUGUAAAUAAGUGCGACAAACUUUAAGGGGCAAUUCUGCAUGAAAAAAUAAUGACCGUUUGCUUUAUAAACUUAUGUCCACAAAUGCUUCGUUUACGAGAUACGGAAUGUUGAUUUUUUUUUUACAAACUGACGAUUUAUUUUAUUGCCCUAAAACCGGUUGAGAUAUGCAAAUGAAAUUUGGUAGGUUUUAAAAAAUAGUUAUGGCGAAUUUUUUGACUUGCAAUUAAAAAUUUUGUAUUCACUAUUGGCGUGCAUACGGGUAAUAUAACCGAUCAUAUUACCCGUAUGCACGCCAACUACGUCUUAAAACCCACCAAAUUUCAUUUGCAUAUCUCGAUCGGUUUUAAAGCAAUAAAUAAAUCGUCAGUUUGUAAGAAAAAAUUCAACACCCUGUAUCUCGGAAACGAAGCAUUUGCGGACAUAUGAUUAUAAAACAAACUGUCAUUAUUUUUUAAUGCAGAAUUACCCCUUAAAGUUUGUCGCACUUGUUUAGAAACACCCUGUACUGAAAAAUAAUAUGGCUAGUUAAAGUACCUAACUUUUGUAUUAUCCAACAUAAGCGAAUGAAUAAAUAAACAGAAUGUUGAGAGAUAUAGGGAUAUUGACGAAGAAUAAGGCUAUAAAAUAUUCAAAAAAUCACUUAAAUGGGGCAACAGGUUUAGGAGAUACGCGACCUCAAAAAUUACCAAUUUUUUAGGUUGCCCGUUUUCUAUGACGCCCAGUGUACAUUACAAUUUGAGCUCUAUGAUUCUUGUACAUAUUUGAUAUUAUUCGUAAGCUCCUUUUGUCUAUUCAGUUGCUAAAAAUCAUUUUUCAUUAACGACGUUUUUCCAAAAAAUGUUUUAAUUGUCAGAGAUAAUCAUCAGGAAGAACAGCGAAAUUAGAAUUCAUAGAUAUUCAUUGUUUUAUAUCCGAAGCCUUUUCAUUGGAUCCAUCCAUCUUCAAUUUAACCGAUCUUUGGGAAUAUUUAGAUACAUAAGUGUAGAUGUUUUCGAUCGUUUUAAUUAUUCCUAGAGUCACCUCUCGUGCGUUCAAUAAACAGAUAACGUCCUUUAAUUUGGCCCUACCAAAUGCCUUCUAAAAGGUCCACGAAACAUAAAUAUGCCAGUUUGUUCGAUUCUAAUGACUUUUUGUGAACCUGCCUCAUUAUAAAUAUAGCGUCGGUGCGUGACCUUCCCGACCUAAAACCUUGUUGUUCUUCUGCUAAUGUUAUAAUAAUUUUAUUCAGUUUGUUAUUUCUUUGGUUGUUUUUAAUGUCGUGUUUAAUAAAGUAAUUCCUCUGUAAUUUACCGAGUCCGAUUUGUCUCCUUUUUAAAGAGGGGUAUUAGGUUGUUUGAUCUCCAUUCUAGUGGUGCAUAUUCUGCUCCUACAUAUUUCCUUUGGUGUUUCGUGGAAGUCGUGUUCCAUCUGUUUUGAGAAGCUCUCCCAGUGUUCCCUUUUUAUCUGUCUGACUAAAGUGUUCGUUUCGUUUCUGAUUAGUUUAUAGUGGUUGUAUGCAUGUUGUGUUUGUUUUGUUCUGUAUUGUAAAAAGGUUUUAUUUUUUCUUCACAGUCUAUCUUUACUUCCUCUCUAAACCGGUUCCAUGACAUCUCGUAACGCGACAGUUCGUAACCGGACAAAUGGUAACGGACACUUCGUAACAGCGACAGUUCGUACCGGCGACAUUUCGUAACGACGACAGUUCGUAACUAUACAAAUUCGUAACGGACAAUUCGUAACGUUCAAAUUGAAUUAUUCUCUUUAUUUUUGUUAACGUGGAAACUAACUGUUAUUACAGUUAUAAAUGAAAUUAUGUUUAUCAAUUUAACGAAUCAGUAUCAGGAUAAACAUUUAUAAGAUUUUAUUAUUAUUUAGAAUACAAUUCGUAUAUAAUAUUGUUCAAAAAACUCUAUAGUCGAGACUAGUUACAUAGAAGAUCACUAAUGUUUCCCAAAUUAUUUGAAGAAUGAUUCGUGUUAUAUUAUUUAAAGCCAUUCCUCUUUCAACUAUAACCGUUGAUUGAAUAGCCCAACGCUAUAACCAAUCACAAGAUUUAUGACUAUACUGGUAAUAAUUAUAAUCUGUCCUUCACAAAAUGUUUACUUAGAAAUUUGGGAAUGUCUAAAGACGGUUGUCGGCUUAAAGAUUUCACGAAUUACUUCAUUAUUCCUUUGUCUAGGUAUAUGCAAAUUUAAGGAACAAUAAGAGGGAUAAACUUUUAAAAAUAUUAAAAGUUUGAAACACGAAAUAUAAAAUGUAUUAAACAUGUUUAUCCUGGUAAUACUGAUUCGUUAAAUUGAUAAACAUAAUUUCAAUUAUAACUGUUAUCACAGUUAGUUUCCACGUUAACAAAAAUAAAGAGAAUAAUUCAAUUUGGACGUUACGAAUUGUCCGUUACGAAUUUGUAUAGUUACGAACUGUCGCUGUUACGAGUUGUCCGGUUACGAAUUGUCGCGUUACGAGAUGUCUGGUCACGCUCUAAACCAUAUGGUUUUCUUUUUUGAUAUGUUAGUAUUCGUUACUUUCCUAUCUCCAAGUGAUUCUGUUGCUACGUUAAUUAUGUUAUCUUUGAUUUUUUCCCAGCUUUCCUCGACGUUAUGGUUUUCUAAGAAUAAUAUGUAGAUAUAGUUGUUCAAUUUUACCUUUGCCCAUGCCCCCAUGCGUCAUGAUUCAUUUUCAAUCAAGUUAAAUCAAAACAUAAACUGAAACGUACGCCGAUGUGUAGUAUCAUUGAUAGUCUUAUAAUGAAAGCAAAAUUAACUAUUUUCCAAAAAAAUAUGAAAAAGUGACGGAUCUUUUUGUCAGUGAUUUUUUAGUUCAUUGGAAUAAUGGACAAUGGGUUUAAACUGAUUUUUUUCUGGUGUUUCACCCAUGCUCAACGAAAUUCUAGAUUACUGCCUGCUAUUGUGAAGAUAUUUAACUGAUUUCAUCCAAUGUAAGGCGAGGGUAAAAUUUUGUGAAAAAAAUUUCAGGAUGAACAAAAAAAACUUAUCCAAACUUAUCGGCUUUUUGCUCAUGAAAAACGGUGAAAAUCUUUCAUGCAUCUAAAGCAAUAUUUGCUUGUUUAUUUACAUGAUGCAUAAAGUCUAUUCUCUCGACGUAAUAUUAAUGUCAAAAUAUAAGUAUUUCUAUAAGAGCAAUAAUAUAUGUCAUCAAUAUUGUAAACCCAGUAUACUAUGUACAUAUCAGAUACAACUUUCGGUUUUUCUUUAACAAAUGUAAUUAUUGUAAAUUGAGAAAUAUAUUUUCUUAUUUUUAUGUU